GUUUCCACAUUUCAGCAGACUCCAUCCUGUGUGUCCCUGAGUCCUGCAGCAGUUCUUGUGGCAGUGGGGACAGAACAGGCUUCUCUCCAUCUCUACCACACACACCAACCAGGAAGUGAAGUCAUUGGUUAGUAACUGUGACGGGAUCUCGGGCUGUGUGUUUCUGGAUGAGUGUGUUCUGUGGACCACCUCGCACGAUGGCCAGGUAGAGGCCUGGGACGUUAACGGUGGUUGCAGGACGGCCCACCUGAUGGCCCACUCCAACAGGAUAACAGGAUGUGAUGUCAGCAAAGACAGGAAGCACUUUGCUACAGUUUCCUUAGACUUCACUCUGAAGGUGUGGUCUUCUCAGAAGGGGAAACAGGAGGCAUCUCUGGAGAACCCCACCCCUCUGAACUGAGUAACCUUUGACCAUGAGGGGAGUCUGGUGGUGGUGCGUUGCUGGGACGGAGCAGUGCGAGUGUGAGACUGGAUCAAACAAGAGAACUGCAUGGUGAGGAGGAAACAGGAAGUGAACAGAGAAACACUGAUGACCUAACAGAGUUCGUCCCCCUCUCUCUCGCUCCUUUUUUCUGGGGCGUUGGAUGGAGAGAUGAGGUUGUGGUCAGUUCCAGGAGCGUCCUGUGUAUGGCGCUCACCGUGGCUCCACUGAGGCUCUUCACUUUCUGAGUGAUGGAGAGUCACUGCUCAGUGCUGGACAUGAUGGCAUGGUGCAGGUGUGGUCUGGAGGUCUCGGACGCUCGGUUUCAGUUUUGGGGGAGGAAAAGAAGCUGUUGAAAUCAUCGGGGUCCAGACCCGUUGCGAUGUCUGAAGAUGCAGCUCUCUGCGUGGCUGUGAACGGUCGCUACGCUGCUGUGGGUUACCAUGGCAACGGGCUUAAACUUUACAACUUACAGUCAGGUGGCUGUGUGUGGUUCACUGAGGACCUGCGUGUGUCCAUGCUGUGUUUGCUCUGGCUGCAGACCUCAGCAGACGCUCUCCUGCUCUCUGGAGGCUUAGAUCAGCACCUACAUCUGUGGAGGGAGCAGAGAAAACAUGGCAGGUCUCUGACACUCGCAGGAGACUUUGGGGACCAGAAGGGAGCUGUUCUCACUCUGAGCCAGAACUCCACUAAUGUAGCCUCCGCAUCGGAUGACUUCACGAUCGCAUUGUGGCUGAAGAGAGAUUUGACCUCUGACCCCUGGGUUAAACCGACAGCAGUGAGUCUUGUGAGGCGUCACAGCGGAGGGGUCACGUGUUUGGCCUUCAGUCCAAAUGGAGAUGAGCUGCUUUCAGGGGGAAAAGACAAGGUUCUGAUGGUGUGGAAGAUAAACUCCUCUCCUCCGUCUCUCUCUCUCGCUCUUUACCACACUGCCAUGGAGACUGGAUUACUGGAUGUGCCUGGACUACAUCUUCCCUGCUGAGCUGCUCUAACGACUGCAGACUGCGACUGUGGGACAUUCAGACAGGAAAUUGCAUCAGAGAAGUCUCGAAUGCAUCCUCUGUGGGUGCGAUGUGUUGCUGG